AUGACGUCAUCAACGGAAGUGAUUGUCAGCUCGCCUACUUACCUGCGGAACAUGUCACGCAUCAUCCAGUCUACUCAUCCACGAAUACUCAACAACUACUUGAUAUGGCAUGUGACGCAGCAGAACGUUCCAGGGUUGUCUCUUCAUUUUCGAUAUGCCGCUGAAAAGAUGAGUAACAUUGUGGAGAAUACACGCACGACCAAAGAGGCAUGGAGAGAGUGUGUUGGGGUAGUGGAUGGCAAAUUUGGCAUGGAACUCGGAGCGGUGUUUGUAAAAAGGAAAUUUCCAGCCGAGAGCAAGAAAAGGGUAGAAGACAUGAUAGAAGACAUUAAAUUAUCAUUUCACCAUAUAUUUGAUACAUUGGAGUGGAUGGAUGAAUUGACAAAAGACAAAGCCAGAGAAAAGUUGAAUGCGACAUUUGAUAUGAUCGGCUAUCCUGACUAUAUCCUUGAUACGGAGUAUAUGGAUAAAUAUUACGAAAAGAUGACGAUAGUGAAGGACGAUUUCUUUCAAAAUAUACAAAGUUCGUUGAACUUCGAGUAUGAGAAUGCCAAAAAGAAACUGAAUUCUCCAGUUGAGAAGUACAACUGGGACAUGACUCCUCCUGAGAUCAACGCAUAUUAUGGCAACAAUAACAAUGCUAUCGUUUUCCCAGCUGGGUUGUUACAGUGGCCAUUUUAUGAUCCGACGUUCCCGAGGUACGUCAAUUUUGCAGGAGUUGGCACAGUCAUUGGACACGAACUAACACAUGCAUUUGACAACUGGGGUGCACAGUUCGACAAAGACGGUAACAUUAAUAACUGGUGGACUGAUGAAUCGUGGGAUAAGUUCGAGAGAAGAUCUCAAUGUCUCGUUGACCUCUAUUCACAGUAUGUAAUGGAGGGUACUCGGGUGAAUGGUUUGCUGACAAUGGGUGAAAACAUGGCGGACAUAGGAGGAUUAACGCAGUCAUAUUUUGCUUACAAGCAAAUGGAAAGCCGUGAAGGAACUGAGCUACCAUUGGCAGGUCUGAAUCUUACACAGGAGCAGACAUUUUUCCUCGCUUACUCCCAGACUUGGUGUAUCGUCAGGCGGCCUCAUUCUUUGAAAAACCACAUUUUAACAGACGAACACGCACCCGAAAAACUCAGGGUUUUGGUGCCACUGAUGCAUAUGACAGAAUUUGCCGAAGCUUACCAAUGUCCAUUGGGUUCGCCAAUGAACCCCGUCGAUCGAUGUGACGAUGACAGGCGUUUGUGGUGGUAG